AUGUGCCGGGGCAGCUGUGCUACGCCCCCCACCCCCACCCCGGUCCCCGACGUCUGCAGCAUCACCUCCCACGCAGAAAAGCAUGGAAGCGACAGCUGCUGCGGGGCGGCCCCACGGGCCCGAUCGGAAGCUCGGGCGCCCCUCCCCCCAGCCACGCACCGUCAGGCCCGCCGAGGAGCUCGUCCGGCGUCGGCGGCCGCCCCCGUCCAGGCCAGGCCUCUCCUCCAGCACCACAUCCCCACCCCCCACACACCGAUCCACGCACGCCCCGGGCCCUUCACUUCCACGCAGUUGCGACCGGCGAGCCAGACUCUCCCUCACUACCGGCCUUCUUCGCCUCCUCCCUGCCGUCCGACCCAAUCACAGCCAGCCAGCCAGCCAAACCCCGGCCCGGCUCCUUACAGGUUUCCCAACGAGGCCCCCGCUCACACAGCCUCCCGCCACCCCCACGCUCGCUCGCUCCCGACCCCUCACGAGGACACAAGGCAACCCCGGCGCGGUACCUGCCCGGUUCCCGCGUGCCCAGAGCCAGGCCGCGGCGUCAGCUCCGAGGGAGGGGGCGGCAGCGGCAGGAGAACGCGACACGCGGGCGAUGAGCUACGCCGGCCGCCGUCUCCGCCGCUCACGUGA